AUGAAGUCAGACGGUCUGGGGACGCCAGGCCUCCCAUCCACCGCAGGGAGAGGGACUGGUGCUACCAAGCCUGGAGACACUGGCCCAUUCAGGGCAAAGAACGUCAAGACCAAGCAGCCAGGCGACCACCAGAGCACCACGGCUAAAGCCAAGACUACAACCUCCGCAUCAGCCAAACCAGUGCUCAACGGUACGGCUGGCCCAGGGGGGGCUAGGAAGGAGGUAGCCACCCCUAACGGACCCAGGGGGUCCCCAACAGGGGGGAAGGGGACUAAGGACCAGGACAGGAGGCCUAACCCAAACCCUGGAGCCAGGCCCAAGACCUCUCCCCCAGGCACCACCUCCACAGCUCAGGCCAGGCCAGGGAAACUGCAGAAGAAUACAGCAGGGAAGGGUGACUCUCUUCAGGGGGCAGACAGCAGCACGGCCCACCCAGCCACUACCACCCCCUCCACAUCAGGCAGUGCCUCUCCUGACAACAGUUCCGGAAGCCCACGCAACUGCCCCACCAUGCCAGAUCUUAAGACAAAAACCCAGGCUAAAGUUCUGACCAAAUCUCCACUGACCAAACCCCCCCAGGAAACAGACACCACAAAGACCAACAGCCCUACCAAUAAGCCCAGCACCAGAGAGGCCAAUAAAGCCAAGCUCCCCACUACAGGAAGAACAACAACUGUAGGAACAGGAGCCAGAGCAGACACAAAGGGGAUGAGCACACCAACAGGCUCAGCUGAGAACCAUGUCUCUAGAUCUGGGUCAUCCCUGAGUGCCAGAAAGCCUGCGUCUCCCAGGAAAGAGGAGGAUAAGGAUGGCUCCAAAGUCUCAGCAGACAAAGCAGCCAGGAAGACCACAAAAACCACCCCAGCUACCGCAGCCACGGCCAAAUCUACUUCUAAACCAGUCAAAGCCAUCUCCAGCUCCUCUCCUUCCAAACAGCCUCCACUAGCAACGGCCAAACCUGGACCAAAGCAGAAUGCUACCUCUGAAUCUCCUACAGAGAAAGACUCACCCAAGUCAGCGGGGCCAGUUAAAAACGUAUCCUCUGUCGUUUCAUCCAAAAAGCCUGCAGCUAAAGAGAAAGAGGGAUCUAAUGGUAAAACCUCUGCAGAGACCCAGCAGGCUAAUGACACUGGUUCUGGAGCAGAGAGGGUCUCCUCACAUUCAGAUCCCAGAGAGGCCUCAGAGCCAGUAGCAACAUCCACAGAGCAGAGUCCAGCUCAUAACAUCCCACUACCACCAGGCCCCCAGGGCCACAGUGGAGGAGGGGACUCCCUCUCCUUACCCCUGAACGCCAGCCCUACGCUAAGUCCUCAGAAGUCUGCCAAACAACCAGGUAAACCUAACUGCACAAGAGGAGUCAGGGCUCUGUCCAGUCAGCCACCAGCAAUCAACCACAUAUUUAAUGGGAAUGACCUCGUAAAUGGAGAGCCUGCUAAGCACACAGAGGGGACACACACAUGUAAACACACUCCUGGCUCAGCCACAGACCUUCCGCUGGACACCCCAACCCCAGGCAGCCCUAUGGAGGACUCGUGGAGCAGCCUGCACCACCAGGUCAGCCCCGAGUCAGAAUCCGGCAGUGCCACCACCUCAUCAGACGACAUCAAGCCUCGCUCUGAGGACUACGACGCCGGGGGCUCCCAGGACGAUGUGGAUGACUGCUGUUCCAACGACCGCGGCGAAUCCAAGGGGGGCGGCACCAUGCGUUGCCAUGACUUCCUGGGUCGCAGUAGUAGUGACACGAGUACGCCUGAGGAGCUGAAGAUGCUGGAUGGUGGGCUGCGGGUCGAGGUGAGGCUGAAGGGGUGCGAGGUAGAGACCACCAGCGAGGAGGAAGGGGUGAAGCAACGGCCGCGCUCCUGGCUGAGUAGGGACAGAGACGAGGUCCCUGUUGAGGAGGAGGUGCAGGCCAAUAUUACGGUGAAGCAGGUCCCCGACAGCCAGCUCUUCUCCUCUGAGGAGUCCGAGGAGUCUGAGGAAGAGGAUGAGAGGUCAGAGGUGGAGGUUCUUCCUGUUCAUCAGGCCCCUCUGCCUCCUGCCGACCCCUCUUCUCAGUUCCAGGGCAUUGUGAACAUGGCCUUCGAGGAUGGAGGUGACCCUGGUCAAGACAACAAACAGCAGCAGCAACUGGACUACCAAUCAGCCUCUAACUUCCGCCGCUCUGUUCUGAUCUCUGUUGACGAGUGUGAGGAGCUGGGAUCAGAGGAGUGCGGGGUGCAGACUCCGCCCCAGCAACAGCCUGAUGACCCCCUCAUGCCCUGCGACGUCUUCGGGAGCGACCCUUCUCCGGCCCCUCAGUCAGUCCCCAACUUUGUCUCUCACUCUGGGGGGCACCUGGCAUCGGACUUUCCCAAAAGCACACCUCAGCAGCAGCAGGAACAAGGCAAAGAGCACGAGUCCAACAACAACAAACCCAACAAACCCAUUGUUUUUCUCACUGAGAUCCAGGAUCCUCUGGUAGAUGACCAUAACCCCACCAAAGUGGAGGAAGUAGAGCCCAGCCCUGGUUGCCCUUCUCUGGACCAUGACCCCACUGUCCUGCCUCCCCAGGAGCGAGAGAGACCCUGCCACCUAGACCUUCGGCCUGCUGAACAGUACAGCAAUGGAGGAUCACCACGCAAGAACCCCUCAACCAAGCCUAGCCAAGCAUCUGUACCUGUGCAUAUAGACAACAAGAGAUCAGACUUACAUACAUACUUAAAUGACCCUCAGCAGAAAGGGGGCUCUCCUGUACAUGCAGCUAUCCCACAAUCCCCAGCAGGAGCAGGAGGAGCACAGUGGGGCAGGAGGAGGAGAACGACAAAGAGGAAGAUUACAAUGAAGAGAGUGGUAAGUUUGCGGAGCAUGCUGAAGCAACUCCUCUCGGACCAGGAGUCCAGUCUUGGCGUCAUAAACCCAGUCCCUGAGGACCUAAACCUAGCCCAGUAUCUCAUCAAGUAGACCCUGUCCGUCUCCCGGGACUGCCUGGACACCCAGCAAACCUUCCUGCUCCACUAGAAGGAGACAUUUAAACGCUGGGCAGAGCUCAUAUCACCCCUGGAGGACUCCACAACCAGCAUCACUGUGACCAGCUUCUCGCCCGAGGAUGCUGCCUCUCCACAGGGGUAGUGGACCAUCGUGGAGCUAGAAACGUAUCACUGA